AACCAUGGAUUAUAAAGCGAAGAAGAACAUCACAGGAUCGAAACCUGAUCGAAACCAACAUGAGUUAACAGAGAACAUAUGGAGCCUUACAAAACUGCUGCACCAAAUCGAAAUCUAUUUUAAUUUCUCAACUCAAAAGCAACUCUAAACACUCUAAGCAUUUGUGGGUUUCUGUUUUUGUGAGACUACUUUACUGGAUUGAUUGUUUUGUAUGUUUCGCUUGUGUUACCAUAGCAACUAAAUUACUCGGCUUCUUUUGCGUUCACUGCUUACUUCUCGUUUAAGUGAGGAAUGAUGGCCAGCGGAUCCAAAUAUAGGGAGGACAGAGUCAAUCACUACAGAACAGAGACACGACAAUUAAUACAAAUGAUGAUGCAGGAGUCUCGUCUAACAGACUUUCAGCAGAGGCAGAUCAAUAAUCAGCUGAAAAAUGGCGGCGCUCUUCCACUAACAUUUAAUCUCAAGCCGCUCGAGCCCAGUGUUCAGUCAGAGCCAAGAGUCAAUAAAGUGGCCGCGCUGAUUGGUCACCAGAAGAGACGCAGUGCAGAGAAAUGCAGUGCUGGAGAUAAUUAUAAACGAGAACAGUUCAAGCCUAGAGCUAUACGAGAUCAAGAGAAAGAGAAGAGACAGCUACAAAAUCUUUUUUCUACUGGUCAAAAGGAUGUUGGGCCAACUCACUCCCAAAGAGAUUCCACAGAGAGAAAAGAGAAACAGAUAGAUCGAUUCCAAGAGGUCCUGGAUGAGAUUGAGGAGAGGAAGCAGUUUUUAGAGGACAUGACGGCAUUGGGAAAAGGUCACCAAUACCAACAACUCAUCAACACAGAGAUUUCCCAGAAAAUCCGUGAACUUGAAAAGAUUGACAAGAAACGCAGUGAAGAACUAACCACAUUCAAGCUAGAUGGAAAAAAGGAACAAAACAAAGCGAGGGAUAGAGAAGGUGAAAAUAUGAGUUGUUAGACAUCAAUGAGUAUUAAAAUUACUUUCAAAAAAGGUCAAAACUUCAGAGGGUUUUCUUUUAUUAAGUAGGUUUAUUUUUAAUGUGUCCUCCAUCCUAAAAGCACAGACUGUUUUAGAGAAAACAGAAAGCCCUUGGAGUUGAUCAUGCACACAUAAACCCUGACAGAACAAGCACAAUACUGAAAUCUGAUAAAUACAAUUAAACACCCAAAUACUUGGAGAAGACACAAACUAAAAUAUCAACAAAACAGUCAAAGACACUUAACAGCCAAUGCUAAGACGUAUGCAUAAAUUAAACAGAUAAAAGGCACUCCUUCAGAAAUACACUCCUGCUUGGUUUUACAGAGAUUAAGGCCCAACACACAACAUGUGACAUUCUACAGUGAAAAUAGACCAUUUUUAAAUUAAAACGUAAUAUUGCAUAAUCUUCUUCCAGGGUGUCUGAAGUGUGACUGAUAUCUAUUACUGCUUAACAUGAAAAACCUUACAGUUAACAUUUUGCGUUUGCAUUGAGUUAUAGUUUAUAUAUAUAUAUAUAUAUAUAUAUAUAUAUAUUUUUUUUUUUUUUUGUAUAUCUGUCAUCAGUUCUUCAGACUGAACAACUGUCUACAAGCAGUUUACAAGUCUGAUGGUUUCUUACACUUAGGUUAACCUCAAUUUGACACUAAGAUUUUGCUAGUAUGAAGUAAUUCUAUGAAAUAAUACACUGUCAGUAAAAAACAUUUCUCAUCAUAGGGUUAUAAUGAUAUAAUUUAACAAUAUUUUAGAAGUUUAAUUUUUAUAUGAAUAAUGCUACUAAAUAAUAAUAAAUUGCCUGCCAAAAUUGGAAUGUUGCAUAAGGUUGUUGAAACAAUGCCACAACGAAUGCACACAGUAAUCAAAGCCAGGUGGUGUAUAAAACCAAUAUUAAUCAUAUUAAAAUUUCUUUUUAUAUUAAAAUGUUGUCCAGGGUAGGGUUGCACCAGCUGUUCAUGUGUUCUUGAUUAAACUGGAACAUAAAGUCCACACUCUCUUUGUACUUUGGUUCUUAAAGCAGAUGCUAGUAAAUUUUAAACUAUCCAAAAAAGUAAUACAUUGUUUACCUUAAAUUAAUCAACAUCAGAGCAGAAGUGAGUUUUUUACUUUAUUACUAUAGGACAGUGCAGAAGUGACAGGAAGUUAAGUGGGGGACAAUGAAGGGGGCGGGAUCUGAAAAGGUCCUCGAGCUGGGAUUUGAACUCGGGAUGCCAGUAACACAAUAGCGCUAAAUGUUGGCGUGCUGCCCACAAGGCUGUCUGCGUCAACUUCAGUUUAUCGUCUUAAGACUGAUUCCAACUUCUUUUGCCUCGUGUACCUAAUGCUUAAAUUAUGUUUCUAAGACUAGUCUGUAAAUAACAUUGUACGUAACACUGUAAAUGACAAAAUAAGAAGCAAUAAAUAAAUAUGGAGGCAAUACUGUUUUUUUGGCACAGAGCAAUGCACACAGUUGCGCUGUUUAGAUCUGGUUAAGUGCUGGAGGGCUGCAAGUCAGUUAUUCACAUAACAUUAUCUUUUUUUAAAUAAGAAAACAAAUGUAAAUGUCAACACAAACAUGUCUAAAGCAUUGUAUUUUGUCAGAUAAAACAUGAGCUUAUUGAUGCAACAUAAAAAUCUGCUACGUAGUCGAAUGCUUCCAUCAUUAUUCAGUGUAUAUUCUAUCUGUAUGUUCAGUUAUGUUUGAACCAAGUUUAAUGGUGCAAUUUUCGAAUAUAUAAUACUGCGUAAACUGUAACUCAAUGUCCAUUUUAAACAAGGCUGCUACUUCUGCUAAUACUUCUUUUUUUAUUUUUUUAUUAUUAAGAACAGCUGGUGUAACCAAACCCAGGCAGACAAAACACCAAAUCCCUGUUACUCAAGAAAAUCACAAAGCAUUCAUGAGAUAUAAAUGCUUUACAUUUAUUCUCUUACCAAUAUUAUAUACUGUGAUAAGUGUUAUUAAUUUCUGAUUUGUGGCCUGAAAAGAUUCACUAAAAGUGCUUUUUGUUCACUUUUCAGUGUGAACAGAAACAAUUCCGCCAUGCCAUUUAUAAAAAAAAAAAAAAAAAAAAAAAAAAAAA